UGUCUUUGAGAAACACACAGGCACACUGAAGACUUCAGAGCUCACUGCUAUCCUAUUUCAGCUCAUAUCCUGUCUGUGACAAGGACAUAUGGACAAGGACAUCAUUCUAUCUGAACGCACAGCAGCCUACUGCGAGCUAUCGUAGAUUUCACAGAGAAAUACAAAUUCUCUGCCGUUCAUUUCAUUCCAAUAACAGAAACCACAAGGGACUACAAGUUGUGGAAUAGGACAAUCUUCCAGUGAGUACAGUCACCUAUACCUCACAAUCAGAAGGCUACAAUGGCAGCCUCUCCAGUGAUUGGAUCCUUUGUGGCUGCGGACUAUGCAGUCUUUGCUCUGAUGCUGCUGGUGUCUGCAGCCAUCGGGGUGUACUAUGCCAUCGUCGGAAGGGGCCAGAGCAGCUCCAGAGAGUUUCUGAUGGGGGGCCAGAGUAUGACAGCCGUACCUGUGGCUCUGUCCCUGACUGCCAGCUUCAUGUCGGCUAUCACAGUGCUUUCCACCCCAGCCGAGGUGUACCGAUACGGGGCAAGCUACGGCCUCUUCAGCCUCUCCUAUGUGCUGGUGGUGGUGGUCAGCUCAGAGGUCUUCCUCCCUGUCUUCUACAGGCUGGGCAUCACAAGUACCUAUGAGUAUCUGGAGAUACGGUUCAACAGAGCCACGCGUCUGUUGGGGACAGUGAUGUUCAUUGUUCAGACUAUACUCUACACAGGAAUAGUCAUUUAUGCUCCAGCUCUGGCAUUAAACCAAGUGACUGGGAUGGAUCUCUGGGGUGCUGUCAUUUCAACAGGAGUGGUUUGCACCUUUUACUGCACUAUGGGCGGUCUGAAGGCGGUGGUGUGGACGGACGUGUUCCAGGUGGGCAUCAUGGUGGCAGGCUUCCUGUCUGUCAUCAUCAGAGCCGUGGUCCUGCAGGGAGGAGUCUCCAACAUCCUCAACCACGCAGAGCUCGGAGGACGACUCAACUUCUGGGACUUUGAUGCUAGUCCACUGAGGAGGCACACCUUCUGGACAAUCACGUUUGGAGGCACGUUUGUCUGGACCAGUAUCUAUGGGAUCAACCAAGCCCAGGUGCAGAGAUACAUCUCUUGCAAAUCCAUGACUCACGCCAAAAUGUCUCUCUACAUAAACCUAUUAGGACUGUGGGUCAUCAUGCUGUGUUCUGUGUUUGCGGGGCUGUGUCUGUACUCCGUCUACAAGCACUGUGACCCUUGGACAGCAGGCAUGGUGUCAGCGCCAGAUCAGCUGAUGCCAUAUAUGGUGAUGGACAUCCUGAGAGACUACCCUGGACUGCCAGGAUUGUUUGUGGCUGCAGCCUACAGUGGGACUCUAAGUACGGUAUCGUCCAGUGUCAAUGCUCUGGCUGCCGUGACUAUUGAAGACCUGAUCAAGCCGUACAUACACAUGUCAGAGAAACACCUGUCCUGGACCUCUAAAGGCCUUAGCUUUCUGUAUGGGGCUCUCUGUAUUGGAAUGGCUGGCAUAGCCUCACUCAUGGGAAGUCUGCUGCAGGCAGUUAUCAGUAUCUUUGGGAUCAUCGGAGGGCCUUUACUGGGGCUCUUCUCACUGGGGAUCCUCUGUCCAUACGCCAAUGCCACAGGGGGCUUGGCUGGUCUGCUCUCUGGGCUGGUUAUGUCUCUGUGGGUGGGGAUAGGGGCCCAGUUUUACCCUCCUCUACCAGAGCAGAGUAGGCCUCUGGGUCUGACCACACAUGGCUGUAACUUCACAACCGCAGCCGAUGCGUUCAACUGGACCACAUCCCCAACAGAACCAAGCCUAUACACUACAGUACUACAGCAAAAUACAGCAGAUAGACCCAUCCUGGCUGAUAACUGGUACUCCCUGUCCUAUCUCUACUUCAGUCCUAUUGGGACACUUACAACACUGGCUGUUGGACUGGUGGUCAGUCUACUUUCAGGGGGUAUGAAGUUGAAGUUGGAACCAAGGGUGACUUUGAUGAAAGAAGAUACAAUGUUAUUUUGCUUUUACAAGCUCUUUAAAGAAAGGGCCAUGAGACGAGCAGGAAAGCUGGACCUCACAAAAAACAGAGAGAGCAAACGUGGAAGCAAUAACCCCGGCUUUUGCAAUGUCCACGAAUUGGAUUUCACAAAGAGCACUCUUCCUACUUAACAUACUGAUAAAACCAUGACUUUAACAGUUGCUCUUUCUUCUCAUACUUCUCCCUCCGCAGUGCCGCUGUUUUUCACGUGACUCAUGAAUGUCCUGACAGAUUGUAUCAAUAUCUCAUCUAUAUCCUCAUAUUUCUAUAUACAGUGUCUUCAGAAAGUAUUUUAUUCCACACUUUUUGUUACAGCCUGAAUCCCCCCCCCCCCAAAUCCUCAACCAUCUACACACAAUACCCCACAAUGACAAAGUAAAAACUUGUUUUUUGAAAAGUUAGCAAAAUUUUUGAAAAUGAAAUACAGAAAUAUCUCAUUUACAUAAGUAUUCACACCCCUGAGUCAAUACAUUUUAGAAUCACCUUUGGUGGGGAUUACAGCUGUGUGUCUUUCAGGGUAAGUCUCUAAGAGCUUUGCACAUCUGGAUUGUACAAUAUUUGCCAAUUAUUAUUUUUUGCGGUUCUUCAAGCGCUGUGCCACAUUUUUUGCAGUAUUACUUUAGUGCCUUGUUGCAAACAGGAUGCAUUUAAAAAAAAAAACAUUUUAUUCUGUACAGGCUUCCUGCUUUUCACUAUUUCAAUUAGGUUAGUAUUGUGGAGUAAUUACAAUGUUGCUGAUCCAUCCUGUUUUCUCUUAUCAUAGCUUUUAAACUCAGGUUUAAACCGUUUAAAGUCACCACUGGCCUCAUGGUGAAAUCCCUGAGCGGUUUCCUUCCUCUCCGGCAACUGAGUUAGGAAGGACACCUUUAUCUUUGUACUGACUGGGUGUACUGAUACACCCUCCAAAGUGUCAUUAAAAACUUCACCAUUCUCAAAGGGAUAGUCAAUGUCAGAUUUUGUUUUAUAUACCAAUAGGUCCCCUUCUUUGUGAGGCAUUGGUAAACCUCUCGUCUUUGCGGUUGAAUCUGUGUUUGAAAUUCACUGCUGGACUGAGGGACCUUACAGAUAAUUGUAUGUGUGGGGUACAGAGAGGAGGUAGUCCCAAAAAAUCAUUUUAAACACUAUUACUGCACACAGAAUCCAUGCAACGUAUGUGAUUUUUACUCAACUUAUAUAGGCGUGUCAUAACAAAGGGGUUGAAUACUUACUGACUCAAGACAUGACAUCUUUAUUUUUAAUGAAUCUGUUCACUUCAAAGAUAAUUCCAUUGACAUUAUAGGGUAAUUCCAUUGACAUUAUAGGGUAAUUUCUGUAGCCCACUGACAAACAAAUCUAAAUGUAAUACAUUUUAAAUGCAGGCUGUAACACAACAAAAUGUGGAAAAAGGCAAUGGGUGUGAAUACUUUCUGAAGGUACUGUAUGUAGUAGCCUACAUCACAUUGACUUGAAAAGACACGUAAAGUUAGGAUUGUUAAAAAUGAAAUAUCUUUGACUUGACUUACGUUUCUCAUUUAUUUCAAAAAUAGGACUAUCAGUGUUGUACAUUUAAAAUAAACAUUCAUUGGUAAUAGCCGUGUCUCAUUUAUAUAAUUAAAUUACAUUGUACACGCUAUCAAUACAUUCUAUCAUGUAUUAUUUACAAUUAUGUACACGAGAGAACUGUAGUCAUUUGAACUGUCUGAAGUCAUUUGGUGGAUGUCAUUCCACAGCUCGAGGUGGGUGGCAAGUGUAGUUCAUAACACUUGUCUGUAAUAUAUACCUAACAUUUGUGUUUAAUUAAGGACGUUUGUGUUGCUAAUAACACUCUUGUUCAGGGACGGCUAAACUAAAACUUGCACACUGAAGAUUCAGCCACCAAAUAGCUAGGCUAUCAGUCUACCGGUCUGCCUAUAUUCAGCACGGAGGACAAUUCUUCUUCGUAGUAACGCUUCUUCAUGGCUCUGUACUUCCUCAGAUAGUACAGGGCCUCCAGUUCCUUGAUCACAAACUCCCCACGGUCGACUAGCUUUUUGAUCUCCUUAGGGUCUGUGACAUCUUUGUUCUUCAUAAAGGCACCCUUCAGACGUUCCCUGAAGUAGUCUGUGCCUUUGGGGUAU